AUGCCUUCUAUUACAGACAUGCUGAACUUGAACAAACUAGAAAUGUUCCAGACAAUGAGGAAGAUAUUAGAAACUGAUGGCGCAAACACCGUCCGAAAUCUUAUAGCGUACAAAGACCAAAUAUUGUAUAUUUGGAAUCCUGACGAAUGCUGUUUGUACUCGCUACUGUUGAACACAGUUCACGAAGAACAACCUUCAUACCAAAAACUCUUCCCUGGAUCUCCACCCCUAUUCGAUGUUGACGAAAUAUUGAUCAAUGAACCUGGUACGCUGUGUGCACUUGUGGGCUCCAAAGGCGUAUCAGUGAUGAGGUUUCCAAAACGGAUGGGGUCUAAAUCCUUGUAUGAUACUAGUAGCAGUCAAGGAGAAGGCAUAACGUGCAGUACAUCGCUUUUCAAGACAAAUUCUUCAUACCAAACACUUGACGGACGUGAAACGAGUCCGGUGGUAUCCAGGCAGCCCCGAGGACAACCACCUCGUGGUACUCACAAACAACAAAAACUGUUUGCGGUUGUUCAAGACUUCUCGAGAUUGGCUUCGCUGGGCGACACGGCUGUGGGACUUGAUUUUGCGCCACCUGUACUCCUCGGCAGCCGAAUCCAAUCCGACCCGUCAAUCAUGUGGCCCAUACUCGUGUUGCAAGGAAACGGUGAUGUCUUGUGUAUGAACACAACCGUCGAUGAUUCGAUGAACAUUAAGUCAGCCAAAAUAACAGGUCCGCUGACUAUGUACCCACCCGCCGACGACAACUACAGCGAGGACGCAUGUUCCAUUCUUGUCAUGGACACCAUACCGCCCUCGGUUGUCAUAGCGUCAAAUUUUGGUGAACUGUACAAUUGCCUCUUGUUGCCGGACACCCAAGCCAAAAACGAAGACGAAUAUGAGCCCAGUGAAUAUCACCACGAAUACAGUUUGCACAUAAUCGAAACUAUCGAACUAGAGUUGGGCUUGAACAUCGAGGACAAUGGCGAAUACGACAGCUCCAACACGAUACAGUUGAAAAGAGACGCGGCUGUCACCUCCAGAUAUUGGUGUUUGCACAACACCGGCGUUCACUCGGUCACCGUACCGCUCAGCGAGUUGUUGGAUGAGUUUUCAAAAACCAACCCUGAUGACUUCCGCGGAUCACCCGACAUACAAGGACAAAGUUUUGUAGAAUAUUAUAUUUGCACGGGUCUUAUGAACGGUGAAACGAAACCUAUUAAAGGUUUUGCCAUCCUAAACUUUCCUACAGACUUAUUAGUCACUUUGUUGAGCAAUGGCGAAGUCGUUACUCAGGCUGUUCCGGAUUUCCAUUACAAUAAACUGUCUAUUGCUAAUAUGUAUAUGAACGAAGAUAACCCUGCUUCUGAAGACCAAGUGGAUAGUUCUGAAAACGUUGACAAAGAUAACUUCAGCUCAUUUAUAUCUGCACUACUGCAAAAAGAAAAUGGUACCAGAAAUACUAUUCUGAAAUUAGGUCCAGAUGUUCCCAAAGAGAUUGUAGUACAAAUGGUCUUACAAACUAUGAACAUGCGAAGAAGUACAUUAAAUAAUCAUAAAAUAGUUUCUGAAGAAAUUGAACGAAGAGUGCACAUGCUAGCUAAAGCAAAGGAAAGGCAAUUACAAGAGAUGCAGCGAUUGGAAGAAGCUCGGAAAAAAUUACAAGAUGAUGUAGAAAAUAAAGCUGAAAAAUUAGAUGAAAUUAGUAACAAGCAAGAAAAAUUGACCCAAAGAGCUUCGUCGAUUCUUUUGAGACUAGUAUCAGCAGCACCUGAUAGUAUAUCAAUAAAAAAGAAAAGAGAACUGUUGGGAGCUUAUAAGAGUAAGAUGGAUUUGAUGAAUAAACGUAUUGAAGAAGCCAGAGAAAAAUGGAACAUUGUGCAAUCUGAAUCAGCAGCAGCUGUAUAUAAACAAUUGUAUGGAGGCCAUUCAAUAAAACUAACUCUUGAACAGGAACUAGUUAUUAAAGGAAAUUUAUCUGAAUUGGGAUCUACAAUAUUAGAUUUAGAGAAAAAAGUGAGAGAUUUAAGAACCGUAAUUAAUACUAUUGCCAGUUAA